AUGAAGGGCCACCACCACCACCUGGCGCCGCUGUCGCCAGCGACGGCGGCCAAGCGCCGCUGCACCGGCAUGGCGGCCGCGGUCCCGGCGCUGGUGCUCUGCUCCGUCCUCCUGCCACUCGCCUUCCUCCUCGGCCUCCACAGCAUCGGGUACGGAUCGGAGGAGCGCGCGGCCGUCGUCAUCAGCACCGAACUGGGACUGGGGAAGCACAAGCAUCUUGACGGGCCGGGCAUGAAGCACAAGCUGCUCAAGGAUGUUUCCAAAAUGAUAACCUCGGGGUCGAACGGGAUUUCCGGUGAGAAAUCUAGUAGAUCAAAGUCCAGGAAUCUUGCUGCCAAAUCAAAGAUCAAGGAUGCUUUCUCCUUUGUUGAGCUAAACAAUGACACAUCCAAAAAGAGAGGAUCUCAUACACAGAGAAGAUAUCAACUGAAGGACCUGUCAUGGAGAUCAAUGGAUACUGCUGUUGAUGGGAAGGAGAGCCAAGGCCAGGAAGUAGCACAAGAGGAGAAUCCCAAGUCCUGUGAACUUGAAUAUGGAAGCUACUGCCUCUGGUCUGUUGAGCAUAAGGAAGAGAUGAAAGAUGCUAUUGUGAAGAGGCUUAAAGAUCAACUGUUUAUGGCCAGAGCCUAUUAUCCUAGUAUUGCAAAACUGAAGCACCAGGAAAGAUUUACACGUGAGUUGAAGCAACAUAUCCAAGAACAUGAACGCAUGCUCAGCGACACCAUUGCAGAUGCUGAUCUUCCACCAUUUUUCGCAAAGAAGCUAGAGAAAAUGGAAGGCACAAUUGAGAGAAUCAAGUCUUGUGAAGUUGGCUGCUCCAAUGUUGAACGGAAACUUAGGCAGCUACUUGAUCUAACUGAAGAUGAAGCUUAUUUCCAUACAAGGCAGAGUGCAUUUCUCUAUCAUCUCGGGGUCCAGACUAUGCCAAAAACUCACCAUUGUUUGAGCAUGAGAUUGACAGUAGAGUAUUUCAAAUCUGUAUCUCCUCAGAGGGAGCUAUUAAAUAAGCAGAAAUAUGAAGACACUGCCUUCUAUCACUAUGUAAUGUUCUCCAGGAAUGUACUUGCAGCUUCGACUACUAUCAAUUCAACAGCCAUGAACUCCAAGGAUUCUGGCAGCGUUGUUUUCCAUGUAUUCACCGACACCCAGAAUUUUUAUGCAAUGAAGCAUUGGUUUGACAGAAACUCAUAUUUGGACGCUAAUGUUCAUGUGACUAACAUUGAGGAUCACAACAAGCUCUCUAAGGAUGUUGAAUCUCUUGAGAGGCAACAAUUAUGGCCUACAGAGGAAUUUCGUUUCACGUUUCGUAAUCAUUCUCAGCCUCUCCGGAGGCAGAUGAAAACUGAGUACAUAUCUGUUUUUGGCCAUUCACAUUUCCUCUUGCCUGAUCUUCUUCCUAGCUUGAAUAGAGUAGUUGUUCUAGAUGAUGAUAUGAUUGUCCAGAAAGACCUGUCAUCUCUUUGGAACCUCAAUAUGGGAGACAAAGUAAUAGGUGCUGUACAGUUCUGUGGAGUUAGAUUAGGUCAGUUGAAAGCUUAUGUAGAGGAAAACAAUUUCGACGUGGAUUCAUGCGUAUGGUUCUCUGGUCUGAAUGUAAUUGAAUUGGAGAAAUGGAGGGAUCUUGGCAUUACCAGCUUGCAUGAUCAGUCACUUCAAAAGGAUAGUUCGGUAUCACAUAGACUUGAAGCACUCCCUAGAGGUUUACUUGCCUUUCAAGACCUGAUAUAUCCUUUGAAAGGUUCAUGGGUUCAAUCAGGACUUGGGUAUGAUUAUGGAAUUAGCCGUGUCGAUAUAGAAAAGGCGGCUACUCUGCACUACAAUGGUGUCAUGAAACCUUGGCUUGAUUUGGCAAUACACAGCUAUAAGGGCUAUUGGAGAAAGUACAUGACUAAUGGGGAGAGGUUCAUGGCAGAAUGCAAUAUACAUUAA